AUGAUGAGUCAGCUGCUGUGGCGCGAUAAACAACACGUCGGAUCUGAACACUCUUCAGCCUUGUCCACCUCGCAAGACGCUGAGAUGUUCGGUGAGGACUUUUCAAUAUCACAGCUGGCAGUCCCGGUUGUCAAUUCCCUGAUCGGUUUCCUCGCGUAUCCAUCACAGUACCUCUUUCUGCACUUCGAGCCAUUGCCGCUUACCAAGAAUGAGGCUUGGGCAAUCAACAUAUUCGCACUGUGCAUUUUCACAUGCUAUUAUCGAGCGUGUUUUGUAGACCCUGGUCGACUGUCCAAGUCUGAAAAGCACUCGGAGCCUACUCGCGAGGACGGUGACGGGCUGGCCGGUCGCCAACGAUGGUGUCGUAGAUGCGAAGCUUACAAACCCCCACGAGCUCAUCACUGCAAGACAUGCAAAAGAUGCAUUCCCAAGAUGGAUCAUCAUUGCCCUUGGACAUCAAAUUGCGUCUCGCAUUUCACAUAUCCGCACUUCAUUCGCUUUCUCUUCUACGCAGUUGUCGGCAUGUCGUACCUUGAAAGUUGUCUUUGGCAGCGUGGGUAUUUUGUAUGGAAAAACAGCAAUUUGCCCAGCUAUCUUGGCCCAAGGCUAGGACAGCUCAUCCAUCUGUUCAUACUCUUUGUGGUGAACAGUGUUACUGUAUUUGCUUUGUUCAUUCUCCUACUGAGGAGUCUCUGGUCGCUGGGAACGAACACCACUUUCAUUGAAUCCUGGGAGAUUGAAAGACACGCCACCCUUGUCCGCCGAUCUCGUGUUCUGGGUGGGUAUCUUGAAGGCCCAGGUGGAAUCCGAGUUCAGAUCAGAAAACAAGAAUAUCCGUACGACAUCGGGAUUUGGUCCAAUGUGAAGCAAGGCAUGGGCGGAAGUGCAAAUAUCAUCAGUUGGUUCUGGCCGCUUGCUAGAAGUCCUGAUUGUCGCUCUGGUUGGGAAUAUGAAACCAAUGACUUUGAGGAUCCUGAUAGGAUUCCCUUGCCUGUCAAUACGAGACUAGGCUCCAAAUCAUCUCAACCAUACGCUAACGUUCAACAUGAAAUCGAUGCAUUUAAUCGUCGCAAAACAGAAGAAAUGAAACGACUCACGGCUUCCAGUGUACAGCGCCGCAAACCCUUCCAUGAUCGUUACCAAAGAGAUGAAUUUGCUCCAAGUGAAAGCGACGAUUCUGAACUCGAGUCAGGUAACGAAACAGACGAAGGCGAAGAAUCAUGGCGCAAUGCCGAAGGAGAACGAUUACGUGACUUCGGCGUUGACGAGGAAGCAGAAUUCUAUGAUGAGGAGGACAUCCCUCUUGGUAUUCUUCUUCAACGCAGACAGCAACAAACAUCCAAGUGA